GGGAGAGGAUGGUAGCUCCUCCCCCUGUUGCACAGGAGGCCAGUCCUCCCAGUCCAAACACCCAGCCCCAGCUUCAGGGCCCUCAGGACAGGCAGCUUCAUUCUCCAAGCCCUCCAGACUUCCAGCCUCCCAGUCCACACACCCAGCUCCAGCUUCAGGGCCCUCCAGACUUCCAGCCUCCCAGUCCAAACACCCAGCCCCAGCUUCAGGGCCCUCCGGAGAGGCAGCUUCAGCUUCCUCACCUUGCCCCUCCAGACUUCCAGCCUUCCACUCCACAUACCCAGCUACAGAGCCCUCAGGUCAGUCUGGAGGCAGCAACCCCCCUGUCGAACAGCAGCCAAGCUCUGAACCCUCUACCUCAAGACCUCCAGCCUCCAAGCAGCGACCCAGAGCCCAGAGAACCAUGCCCCAAGCUGCACCUGGACCUAUAUAACUUCGACACCCCGGUGGCAGAGGGAAGCCGUUAUGUCCUGACCAGCCCCCGCUCCUUGGAGGCCUGCGCCCGCUGCGGGGUCAAACCCGUGGAGAUCUUGUCGCGCCCGUUGUCAGACUUCGCCCGUGAGGCCCCGGGACGGUCCAUGCGCGUGGCGACGGGCAUGUUUGAGGUGUAUGAGAAGGACAGGCACGCCAAGCUGAGAGCAUGCCGGGAGGAGAGAGAGAGGAUCAUACGGGAAGAUAAGAGGAGAAUCCUUCAGGCUGCAUCAUCAACAGAGGAACAGCACAGAGCACCAGUCACAUCCAGCUUAACGCCGCUAUCUAAACCAGGCCCUGUGGCCUCUAGUCCUACUAAAUCUAAACCUUCCCCCAGUAGUAUAGGACAGGCCUCUAGAGCUGCUUCUACAACACCAGGUCCAAGCAUUAAUAAAACUAGUACAAAUCUUCUAGCUAAAAGUAGCUCUCUGCAGUCUUCUAAGACCAGCUCAUUCAGCUCUGCGUCCUCAUCAUCUAGAGGUCUGGACUGUGGUUUUGGUUCAGCUAAACAUCCUAAGUCCUCAGAACUAACCAAGGCACCCCGCCCUGUCUCAGGUCCACCUCCAGUGGUCAGAAAGAUCCCCAGCAGCAGCAGCACCACCACCACUCCGAAAGCCUCCAACACCUUCCCCAGAUCAGCCUCCAAACCUUCCUCUUUCCCCAGAACAACCACCUCCAUGACAUCCACCAUCUUCAAGAGUUCCGUGCAGAGCCCAGUCACCCCGACUACAGCAGCUCUCAAUGGCAUCACAGGGGGUCUCGGAGGGCCGUUCCCUCACCACAACGGCCACCCUGUGUCCACUCCAAAGGGCAGAGGGAAGAGCCACUCCCUUGAGUCCCUACAAAGAAGGAUGGAUACAAUCUCCACCUCUACCACCACCUCCACCACCACCUGCACCUCCUCUGGAGAGGAGUCCGGCGCCUCCUCCUCCUACAGCUGGGAUGGACCCAGAGACCCCUGGGCCAAGUCCUCCUCCCCCCGUGCCCGCACCCUGGCCACCUUCAACUCCUUGAUGGGGAGGAGCCUUAGCCUUGGGGACCUCAGCCACUCCCUCCAGACCACCCAGAAGGUGGAGCGUAUCGUUAAGGAGGUGCGGCGGCGGGGGCUGAAGGCGGUUCCAGAGCGGGACAGGAAGAUCGCUGCUCUGAUGCUGGCUCGGUACCAGGAGGAGGACAUCAUGAGCCAGACGCGCUACGUGGCUCACCUGCAGUGGGACAGCGAGAAGCGCCUGGGGGACCUACAGCGGGAACAGGAGGACCGGGAGAAGCAACGGGCGGUGCUGCAGUGCCAGCGGGCGUGGCAGUCGCAGGUGUCCCACCGCCAGCGUCGGCUCAGCCAGCAGGAGAGAGAGUCGUCGGCCGCUAAGCUGCGUCAGGUGGCGGAGAGCGAGGAGCGGUGGAGGGAGCUGGCAGAGCUACAAGAACGCAAUAGGCAGCAGAGGCUCCAGCAGGCUGCCAGGGAGGAGAAACAGAAGAAGGAACAGCAGGAGCAGAACCUCAAGGCUCUAGAGGAGGACAGGGCUGCAGUGCUGGAGCAGGAGCAGCUACUCCUCAAGGAGAAACUUACCAUUGCUGAGCUGAAGAAACAGGAGAAGGAGCACCAGGCCCACGAGGAGCGCCGGGGACUGAACCGGGCCGAGAGGAGGCGCCACGCAGCCCUGAUCAGGGAGAUCGCCCGGAGAGAGGAGGAGGAGCGGGAGGAUGCACGGAAGGCUGCUGAGGAGAAGCUGAGCCGUUCCCUGGAGAACUAUGAACAGAUCGUAGAGAGGAGAGACAAAGAGCUGAAGGAGAAGGCUAAGAGGGAGGAGCAGCAGAUUCAGAAGGCAAGGAGGUCUGCGGAGAAGAGGGAGAAACAGCAGCAACAGCAGGUGGAGGCCCGGGCCAAGGAAGCAGAGAGACGGGCCCAGCAGGCAGCUCUGGUGGCAGAGGAGAGGGCCAAGGAGAAAUCCCAGAGAGCAGUACAGAGCAGGCAGGAGAAGGAGAGACUACAACGACUCAACAGACAGCGUGUGGAAGGGGAAGAGCUAGCCAGGAGGAUGGAGCUCCUCCAGUCCAUCGAGAGGAAGCUGGAGAAGAGUGAGCAGAUCUUCAGGGAGAAGAGAGCCGUGCUGGAGAGCGCUCGCUCUACCGCCCGCGCCUCCUUCCACGUACGGGACCGGGUCAGGGAGGAGACCAACAUGAGGACCUUUGAUAAGAUGGAUCUAGAGGCCCAGUUCCAGUUCAAAGCCAGCCUGGAUGACAAGUGAUGAGGCACACCGUCAUGCUACUGGUGAACUACUGGUUACUGGUAACUACUGGUUACUGGUAACUACUUGUUACUACUAGUUAAUACCCUGGACUACUGGUAACUACUGGUUACUACCCGGGACUACUGGUAACUACUGGUUACUACUAGUUAAUACCCUGGACUACUGGUAACUACUGGUUACUACCCAUGACUACUGGUUCCUGGUAACUACUGACUACCCUGGACUACUGAUUCCUGGUAACUACUGGUUACUACCCUGGACUACUGGUAACUACUGGUUACUACCCUGGACUACUGGUUCCUGGUAACUACUGACUACUCUAGACUACUGGUAACUACUGGUUACUACCCUGGACUACUGGUAACUACUGGUUACUACCCGGGACUACUGGUAACUACUGGUUACUACCCAUGACUACUGGUUCCUGGUAACUACUGACUACCCUGGACUACUGGUUCCUGGUAACUACUGACUACCCUGGACUACUGGUAACUACUGGUUACUACCCGGGACAACUGGUUCCUGGUAACUACUGACUACCCUGGACUACUGGUAUCUACUGGUUACUACCCGGGACUACUGGUUCCUGGUAACUACUGACUACCCUGGACUACUGGUAACUACUGACUAGCCUGGACUACUGGUAACUACUGGUUACUACCCGGGACUACUGGUAACUACUGGUUACUACCCUGGACUACUGGUUCCUGGUAACUACUGGUUACUACCCAGGACUACUGGUUCCUGGUAACUACUGACUACCCUGUACUACUGGUUCCUGGUAACUA